AUGGCUGCAACUGCGAAGCGUCCGGAGAUCAUUGAACUUUCGCGUGGACUGCGCGACACCCCACACAGCGAAGACUAUGAGAAGAUGAUCUCUGGGAUGAUGUUCUUCCCAAAUACCCCAGAACUUCUCGGGGCUCGUCAUCGUUGCCGUGGUCUGACUGCAGACUACAACAACCUGGACACAAAGGCCAUCUCCUAUGAGAAUACCUUCGAUGCUCGCAUGGACUUGUUGAAACAAUUGGUUGGGAAGGUGGGAACCGGCACCUUCGUGGAACCGCCUUUUAGACCAGAUUAUGGCUGCAAUAUCUCGAUCGGAAGUGACUGUUUUCUUAAUUGGAAUUUAACUGUACUAGAUACUAGCCUUGUAGUCAUCGGCGACCGAGUCCAGAUGGGCACUGGGGUCAGCCUCUUGACUGCUGGUCACGACACAAGUGUCCUGUCGCGCCAGAAAUAUGUGGAGUUUGGUCACCCAAUCUUCAUCGAGGACGACUGCUGGAUUGGGGCUAAUGUCACGGUUCUUCCUGGAGUUCGCAUUGGAAAAGGAUGUACUAUUGGCGCUGGAUCUAUCGUCACUAAGGAUAUCCCGCCAUUUUCAGUCGCAGUGGGCGCGCCUUGCCGUGUAAGGAAGACUAUUCAAUCCCCGGAGGAAGAAGAACAAGACCCGAACAAUCCUUACCGCCAGCUUGUGCGCAAGGAUCGGUAG